AUGGAUUAUUCGACCUAUUACCAACCACAGCAGCCCUACGUUGUUUUCCAGCAACCGCCGGCUGCCGCACCUUCGUCGACCCAGUCGUCUGGCAUUUCUGCUUCGGAGGAAAGCUUCCGGAACGCCUCCCCUAAUAAUAAUUACGGUACAAAUUACGAUGCAUUUGCGGCGUUCGAUAGGGAGAUAUUGGCUGCACAAGGGUCACAGGUUUACGGCCAGAAUGGGAGUACAGAGGACGUCCCGGGUUUAAACCGGAGCAGCAGUGAAGAAAAGGAGCUGACUCCGCAACAGUCGAAGCGGAAAGCUCAGAACCGGGCGGCUCAACGUGCCUUCCGAGAGCGUAAAGAACGUCAUGUCAAGGAGCUUGAAGAGAAGCUCUCGACCCUCGAGGCUUCGUCCUCUAACGUCCUAUCCGAAAAUGAACGUCUAAAACGCGAAAUCCAAAAGAUCACAACCGAAAACCAAAUCCUUCGCGCCACAUCCGCUGCUCAAGCAGCUCAUCAACCCCCUGCGCCAGCAGCUGUAGAUGUCGGGCCGAUGGCAUACUCCCCAACAGACUUCUACGACGUUGUCCUAGAGCCACAUAAGAACAAGACACCGAGCCAUAGGAUCAGCCACCACCCGGAAACUGGCGAGUCACUACUGGGGGCUGCAGCCGCAUGGGAUUUGAUUACAAAUGACCCAUUAUAUAUUGAUGGCCAGGUGGAUAUCCAAGCUGUCAGCGAGUUCCUAAAACCAAAGGCGAAGUGUGACGGACAAGGACCGGUCUUCCCGGAAACCGAGGUUAGGAAGGCGAUUCAGUUGAGUGCUAGCCUCGGGAAGGAUGAAUUGAUAUGA